AAUUCAAGAUAUGUAAACCAAUUUUGCAUCCCUUUCUCCACCUUUAAUUUUCCUAUAUAUUGUUGUGCUUUAUAGAAAUGGUUCGUUUACAUAUUCUUAUUAUAGCAGUUUUGACCAUUUCUUCUGCCAUUAUUUUCAUGCCAUACUUGGUUUCUGCUAGACUCAAGACCAAUUAUUAUGCCAAAACCUGUCCUACUGUUGAAACCAUCGUACGUAAUGUUGUUAAUCAGAAAAUCCAACAAUCCCGGAUCACAAUCGCUGCAGUUCUCCGUCUAUUCUUCCACGACUGCUUUGUUGAGGGCUGUGAUGCUUCAGUCAUAAUAGCAUCAACACAAGGGAACACAGCAGAAAGAGAUCAUCCAGAUAAUCUUUCAUUGGCUGGAGAUGGAUUUGACACUGUUAUCAAAGCAAAAGUAGCCAUUGAUGCCAUCCCAAGCUGUAAAAAUAAAGUUUCUUGUGCUGAUAUUCUUGCCAUAGCAACUCGAGACGUUAUUCAACUGGCUGGCGGACCAGGAUAUCAAGUGGAAUUGGGAAGGUUAGAUGGGUUGACAUCAAAAGCUUCAAAUGUGGAAGGCAACCUCCCUGAGCCUACUUUCAAUUUGGAUCGACUAAAUACCAUGUUUGCCUCUCAUGGUCUAAAUCAGGCUGACAUGAUCGCCCUCUCCGCAGCCCAUACUCUUGGAGCUGCUCACUGCGCCAAGUUCUCCAAACGGCUUUACAACUUUAGCCCUAAAAACCCAGUGGAUCCAACCCUAAGCAAGACAUAUGCAGCCCAAUUACAACAAACUUGCCCAAAGAAUGUGGAUCCAGGUACGAUCACCUUGUUGGACCCAACCACACCUAAUACCUUUGACAAUGUCUACUUCAAAAACUUGCAAAAAGGAAUGGGCCUAUUCACAUCAGAUCAAGUGUUGUUCACAGAUAAACGGUCCAAAGGUACUGUUAAUUUAUGGGCCAGUAACUCUAAGGCUUUUCAAACCGCAUUCGUGAAUGCAAUGAUUAAAUUGGGCCGGGUUGGUGUGAAGACGGGCAAAAAUGGAAAUAUUCGCAGAGACUGUGGAGCAUUUAAUUGAGAGCUGACUACCGGAGCAACCCCUCUUGUCAAUCAUUGAAGUUUACAAGAUAAUGAUUUUGUUUGAAGUUUGAAUGGUUUGUGAACGACAAGAUAAGAUUUCAAACCAAAAUUUAAUCGUUGUUUUAAUAAAAUAGGACCAAGUUCCUUAAUCUUUCUAUUGGGUGGGUGAGUUGCAAUAAUGGAAUAAGAAUAAGUUUGUAUCAAACUUUAAACAAGAUAUAAGUAACAUGUACAAUUGUAAACCUAUUGAUGUCGUAGUAAAAUUUCUAACUUUUCAAUUUUGAUUAAUCCU